AUGAGUGACUACAAGGAACCAAGGGCGGAGCCGCUGGGCCUCCGGGAAGAGGAAGAGCUGAUAACUAGCGGUAUGAAUUUUUUUCCGAGAAACUUUGGAUUCCGACAGACUCGAGGCUACAAGAGCUUAGCAGGGUGUCUGGGCCACGCGCCCCUGGUGCUGCUGCUCCUCUUCUUCACACUCUUCACUGGGCUCCUGGUGGCCAUCCUUGUCCAAGGUUCCAAGAACCCCAGCUCCCAGAGGCAGGAGCAGUCCAAGCAGGAGGAGAUCUUCCAGGAGCUGUCCCAGCUGAAGGCUGCAGUGGAACGCCUGUGCCGCCCCUGUCCCUGGGAAUGGACAUUCUUCCAGGGAAACUGUUACUUCAUGUCUAACUCCCAGCGGGACUGGCACGACUCCAUCACCGCCUGCCAGGAAGUGGGGGCCCAGCUCGUCGUAAUCAAAAGUGCUGAGGAGCAGAACUUCCUACAGCUGCAGUCUUCCAGAAGUAACCGCUUCGCCUGGAUGGGACUUUCAGACCUAAAUCAGGAAGGCACGUGGCAAUGGGUGGACGGCUCCCCUCUGUCGCCCAGCUUCAAGCAGUAUUGGAACAGAGGAGAGCCUAACAAUAUCGGGGAGGAAGACUGUGUGGAAUUUAACGGCAAUGGCUGGAACGACGACAAAUGCAGUGCUGCCAAAUUCUGGAUCUGCAAAAAGUCUGCAGCCUCCUGCUCCAGAGAUGAAGGGCGGCUUCUCCCUUCAGCCUCUGUAUCCCCGACUGCCCAUGCAGCGUAG